UUAAAGAGGAAAUAAAAGUGAAGAUGUGUUUGUUUGUGUUAGUUGUGUAUAUUUGUGCGCUGUCUGUUCUGGUGUUUACGGUAAACUUCACACCUUCGCCUUGGACUCUUAUCAACUGGACAAUUUACUCUGAGAGGUUCUCAGUUUUGUACAAAUCGUUGAUGGAGUUUGUGAAAUGGCGAAUGAGAAGUUUGUACAGUUUAAUCUGACUUUAUGGAGAAUUUGUAACUUUAUAAUGUCGGGGUUUUUCUCUUUAGCCGCUUAUGUGCAGAUAAACGACCCAGACGCCGGGUUGUGGAUGGUCGGCUACGCUGUUCCUGCUGGCCUCUGCUUUUUUAUUAGCUGCCGCCCACAAAUAACAGAGACUCUGGUGUGGAGGAGAGUCUCUGAUCUGCACGUGAUGAUGGCCACGGCGUUUGGUGCCCUGCUUGGCUGGAGUCUCUAUAAACACGGGGUUACCCACAUCUUCCACCAGGAGGAGGGCAGAGAGUUUAGUGGCCUGAUGCUGACGGUCAUGUGGCUGUUGAUGUGUCGACACUCGGGACGAGCUGGUGUUGGAGCACUGAGACUGUACACAGCUGUGGCCAUCACCACCUUCCCCAUCAUCACCUGGAUCUAUUACUACAUCCAUAAAGAGCUGAGAGCCGACUGGCCCUCACACUGCACCACCACACUGUAACACUACUGUAACACUACUGCACUGACUCACAAUAUCACAAUCAUCUUGUUAAACACACAAAUAAAACAUUCUCCUCCUUCUC